GUCUUUUUCAACAAGUUGCUGAAAUGGCUCACCAGUUUCCAGGAGAAGCAGGAGGCCUUGGACAAUGUGCACCUCCUCAUUGGUCAUGGGGAAAACAACAUGGAUGCUGCCCUCCAGGCCCUCUCUCAGGGCAUAGAAACAUACCAGAUUCAACCCGGUUGCCUGGAGCGUUUCUUCAAUGAUGGCGAGGCUCCUGAUCCCGGCCUUCUCCCAGACCAUCUGAGUGUCCUUCCAGACUGGACUCUGCUGCCGUUGACGAAGGGGACACUUCCCCCCUACAUGAUAUACAUUCUGCAGCUGAGGCCAGUGAUACAGGGUAUCCAAGUGGAAGAUCACAGCUUACCCAGUGGGAACAUCACCUCUCGGCCCAUACGGCAGGUAUUCUACGGGCUGCUGCUGGGUGAGGGGAGGGAAGUGGAGGAGUAUGACAGGGAAGGGAAGAACCUGACCAGCAGCAAGGUUAAAGCCAUCCUGCCCAGUGCCGCACAACUGCUGCAGCUGGACACACUGGAUCAGGCUCCACAUUCAGUGCGGCUUGAGGUGUUUUUGGUGACCGUUGGUGUGUCCCAGUCCAUUUUUAAGGGUCUCCCACCUCAACUGGGACUUCCUGUAGCUGUUACCUACUACUGGCUGAGGCACGCCCAUCCCCGACCAGACCGUCCUCUCCUGCAGGCCCUGCUACUAGGACUUGUGUUCGGAGAGCUCUGCAGACAGAGGAAGAGCCAGAGAGGGUUUAUAGAGGAGGGACUAGUGUUGGAGAGGAUGAGAGGGUUGAUUCAGAGACCUGCUAUGAGUCCAGACCUGGGUGUGGCCCACGUCUUUAGCCAAUGGAAUCGUUGCAUGAGGGAUGGCCUUUACCUGAACCAACUGCUGUGUCUCCCUCUACCUGAGCCUCAGUGUGCCUGGUUGUACAAGGGAACUCUGGUGCACCAGCUUGUGGACCAACUGAGAGGGGGGGUGACCCCGGAUUCUCUCCUGAUGGAAGACCCUUCCUCUGUGCAGCUGUACAGAGCCAUGCUGGAAGCCAUAUUCAACUCCUAGGAAGCUGAGACCACUGGACAACCUGACGGACCCUCCACAGAUUCUGGUGCUGGAGGAAGAAGAGGAUGUUGAUGAUGAUGAUGGUGCUGGUGCUGGAGGAAGUUGUACUGAAGUCCCAAUGUCCCACUGCAAGAGGAAGGAAAGAUUUAACAAAGCUCUGUCAAGUUGUAAAUAUCGGGACCACUAUAUACAGACCACUAUAUAGGGACCACUAUAUAGGAAACACUAUAUAG